UGCUUGCUCAGCUUCCACACCCUUGGAGGGACUGGGGGCUCCUCCAGGCACUUUAGUCCCGGCGGAUUCGGCAGGUGUGGGGUGAUGGGGUGCUGCGCAGAGUCGACCCCGCCCUUUCUGGGUCCCCACCCUUGCGCUCUCGGUGGAACCAGGAAACCCGAGGCUCCAGUCCCGAGACACCUCGGCCUGGCUGCUCCAAAUGAACAGGAGCAGACAGAGGCGGCCACGGCUGCAUCAUGGAGGGCAGCGGUGGGAGGACGGGACAGGCCAGGGUGGCCCUCAUGGCCCUGGGGGUGGAGCAGCACCUAGGCAGCCUGACCAUCUUUAGCCGGGACGACUUCGAAGGAGACUGGCAGCGCGUGGCCAGCGGGGGCUUUGGGCAGGUGUUCCGGGUGCGGCACAAACGCUGGCGGACCGAAUAUGCCAUCAAGUGCUCUCCUUGCCUGCUGGCCGACUCCAGCCCCACCAGCUCAGACAUGAAGUGCCUUAUUGAAGAAGCAUCCAAAAUGGAAAAGAUCAAAUUCCAGCAUAUCGUCUCCAUCUACGGAGUGUGCAAGCAACCCUUGGGCAUUGUAAUGGAGUUUAUGGCCAAAGGCUCCCUAGAGAAGAUGCUGCCUACUCAUAGCCUCUCCUGGCAGCUUAAGUUCCGAAUCAUUCAUGAGACUGCCUUGGCCAUGAAUUUCCUUCACAGCAUUAAGCCACCUCUGCUCCAUCUGGACCUCAAACCAGGCAACAUCUUGUUGGACAGUAACAUGCAUGCCAAGAUUUCAGACUUUGGCCUAUCCAAGUGGAUGGAGCAGUCAACACGGAUGCAAUAUAUUGAGAGGUCAGCACUUCGGGGCACACUCAGCUAUAUUCCCCCUGAAAUGUUUCUGGAGAGCACCAAAGCACCUGGACCCAAAUAUGAUGUGUACAGCUUUGGAAUUGUCAUUUGGGAGAUUGUUACCCAGAAGAAGCCAUACCCAGGGUUCAACAUGAUGGCCAUCAUCAUUCGUGUGGCUGCUGGUACCCGGCCCUCACUGCAGCCCAUCUCAGAUGACUGGCCAGGUGAGGGCCAACAGAUGGUUGACUUGAUGAAGCGCUGCUGGGACCAGGAUCCUAAGAAGAGGCCGUGUUUCACAGAUAUCACUACUGAGACAGACAUGCUGCUAUCCUUGCUCCAGAACCCUGUCGUUGAUCUGGAGAAAGAGUCCUUGGUCAGAAAGACAUCCUGCAAGCCUUCUCUACACCAGCCCCAGGAGAUCAGUAGAGAAGUCAGCCAGGAACUGACAGAGAGUGACUCAGGUGAAUCUCUGAAGCAGUUGCUCCAGCUGUCUGACAGUGAAAGCUUGAUCUCCAGUAUGGAAGAGUUGGGCAUCUUUGAGAACAACAUCACCCUCCUCCAUUUCCUGGUGACUGAGGGAAAUGUGGAGAAGGUGAGGCUGCUGUUGAGCCAGGAGGUAGAUGUGGACUGCCAAACAGCUGAGGGCUACACACCCCUCAUGCUUGCUGUGCAGGAUCAGUUGUCUGACCUCUGCAUGCUACUGCUCAGCCAAGGAGCCAACCCCAAUCUGGUUGACAAGGAUGGCUGGGCUCCACUCCACUUUGCUGCCCAGAAUGGGGAUGACCGUACUGCUCGGCUCCUCCUGGACCAUGGUGCCCAGGUGGAUGCCCAGGAGCAUGAGGGCUGGACAGCUCUCCACCUUGCUUCUCAGAACAACUUUGAGAACGUGGCCCGGCUUCUGGUCUCCCGCUAUGCUAACCCCAACCUUCAAGAGAGGGAGGGAAAGGCCCCACUGCAUGUGGCUGCCUACUUUGGUCACAUUAACCUGGUUAAGUUGCUCAUAGGCCAGGGGGCCCAGCUAAAUGCUCAGCAAAGGAACCUCCGGACCCCAUUGCACUUGGCUGUGGAACAGGGUAAGUUCCGUGUAAUCCAGCACCUGCUGAAAAGUGGGGCAACCACUGACCUGCUUGACCAGAAUGGCUAUAGCCCACUGCAUACAGCUGUUGCCAAAGACAAAUACCUUAUCUGUAGGAUGCUGCUUAAGUAUGGGGCCAACACUGAGUUGAAGACUGAACAGGGCUGGACACCUCUACAUCUGGCAGCCUUCCAGGGUCACCUGGAGGUCCUCCGUCUGCUGCAUGAGAGUAACGCCCACCUGGAUGCCCGAGGGGGCAAGGACUGGACCCCACUUCAUUUAGCAGUACGCCAAGGGGAGGAGGCAGUGGUUUCCUUCUUACUGCAGAGUGGAGCUGACCCCAACAAGCCUGAGCAAUCUGGCUGGACACCUUUACACUUGGCAGUUCAGCGAGGCGCAUUCUUGAGUGUCAUCAACCUCUUGGAGUACCAGGCUGAUGUUAAUGCUUCCAACAAGGUAGGCUGGUCUCCUGCGCACUUGGCAGCUCUCAAGGGUAAUACUGCUAUCCUCAAAGUACUGAUCAAGGCUGGUGCUCAGUUGGACAUUCAGGAUGCUGCUGGCUGCACUGUACUACAACUGGCCAUCCGAAACCAGAAACAGAAUGUAAUCUCCUUCCUGGAGGGCAAGGACCCCCUCACUCCGGGUCUGGUCGGUGUUGAAUCAGAAACUAUGAAGGAGACUUGACCUCUUGUUCCCUGACUAAAUGUAUAUCCCUCUAGACCUAUUUAAAACUUGGAAGCCUGGGAAGGGAAGUGAACAAAGAACUUGUCUCCAUCCAUUCUCAGGAGCAGCCUUCCAGAUAAAGUGAAGUUGGAAGCCCAAAAUGCCCUAAGCCAGAAGAGACUUGAAAUGGAUUCUGGAGAGACUCUUGAGCUUAAGGAACAAACUCCCCUCUUCUGCUCUCACAACUCCUCCCUAACCCUCCUGCAAGUUCUGGGCACUGAUCUCCCCCAAUGAGGAAAGAGUCCCAUACCAAUGAGCUUUGGAAUUGAAGUUACAUUCCUUACUGGUCUUCCUUUUGCCUCAAAUUUCUCACCUCUCUAGUUUAUCCUAAACCAGCCUCCAAAGUGGAUUUUCUAAAGCCUAGCUCUUAUACCUCACCUCCUUAAUCAGUGAACCCCAGGAUGCCUUAUUACCUCUAGGAUCAAAUAUAUACAUUUCUGAAAUUUAAAACUUUUCAUAUCCUGGCACCAUCCUACCUUUCCAGACUUGCUGGUUCUCACACAAUACUUUCCUAUGCUUUGACUUUGGUUUUCUCCCUUCCUGGAGCACAUUCCUUCUACCUCAGUGUCCUGGAAUCUCAAGUUGCAAUUCAAAUUUCAUCUACAAAAGUUCUUUCUUGGUCUUCCUCGGCCUUUCCCCAUGCCUCCUCCCAGCCCCCAUGCUACCUUGGGUCUACUCUAUAGGUGUUUUGUAAAUGCCUGUAUUUGUGCAUGUGGUAUUCCUGGUUAGAAUGUAAGCUCCUAAGGACCCAGACUUGUUUCCCUUUUAUAUUUUGUAUCCCUGGGGAUUAGAACAUAGUAGGUACUUGAUAAAUAUCUGAUUUUUUUUUUAAUGGGUUAGAGCCAACAAGCUAGAGCCAGGCUGCAAGUCAGUCAUAGGAUCCUAGCUCCAUUGCUUAUUAGUUAUAUGCCCCUGGGCAAAUCACUUUAACUUUUCCAAACCCCAAUUUCCACAAAUGUAAUGAAUAGAGAUAAUAAUACUUAAACAUCUAAGGUUAUUGUGAGAUUUUGUUAGCCUUAAAAAACAAUGUAAAUGGGAUCUAUAAUCAGAAAUGACUUCUUGCUUUCAGCCCAAUCACUUUCUGUAGUAACCUUCUCCUAAUGUUUAGGUUAUCCAUUCAAGUGCCUCUACAAAUGCUUCAUCUUUCAAAUGAAUAAUUGAGGAUUCUGAGAUAAUCACCCUCUCUCUCUUUCUCUUUCACUCUUCCUCUUUCUCUCUCUUUCUCUUCCCCCUCCCAUAUAUACGUGCACAUGCACACAAUACAUAUAAUGACACAUAUAAAUACAUGUAUAUUGCACAUGCAUAGAUAUGUGUUGACAUCUACAUAUAUGUAUAGAUGAACAUGCAUCAUCUGUACACACACAAAACCCAGGAUUGAGGUAUGGGCAGAAAGAUAGUGACACAGAAAACCUGAAUUCAUUUCCUAUCUCUCUGUUCCUUACCUUUGUGACCUUGGGUAUGUGGGUUUCAAAAUUAAUAAUCAAUAACUAAGUAUUUUAUUUCAUAAAGUUGUAUUAAUAGUAACUAAAACAAAAGAAAAGCCUGACUUCAGCCUGGUCACAGGUCCAAGAGCGGAAGAGGGAGGAGUUACAGCCACUUAAAUACAAUCAUGUAAAACACAGGGAUGCAGGAAAGGGGAAUUUUGGGAAAUAUUAGGGACUUCUGGGGGAUGAAGUCCAAAGGCUCAAAAUCUCCAUUUAUACAGGUAUUUCUCUAGGCCUCAGUUUCUUCUGUAAAAUGAGGAGGUUGUGCUGGAUGGAUUUUAAUUUCCUUCUAGUUCUUGAUCUCUCCUCUCUCACCCCACUGCAAUAGCCCCUGUGGCUGUGGUCAUCCCUUCCUUAUACCCAGGCCUCUUGCAUCAGUUUUACAAACUGAUUGCUGUUCUAGAAUGGGCCCUUUCCUGGAUUGCUCCUCCCAUUACCUGACUUCUCUGUCCUUUUCCUGACCCUACUGUCUCCCUGGCCCUGAGGUGCACUUUGUAUCCAGAUGUUUGUCCUCAUUCAAUUAAGCCUUGUGAUGAUAGCAUUUAUAUAGCAAUCUGAUGGCUGUUCCUUACUUGGGAGGAGGAGCUCUCUAGACUGAAUAGGUAUGGGGACCUGAAGGUUUGGGUGAUGGGUGGUGAGUGGCGUAAUGGAGGGUGGGCACUCCCAUGCUCAGUGAGCCAUUUUUAUUUUCAGGGAUUUCCCCAUCCCAAUCCCCAAUCUCAGCUGCCUCAUGCAUCUAUCCCUGCCACCUAGCCCAGCCUGUCCAACAGGUCUUGGGAGAAAGGAGCUAGAAUCAAAGGGUGGGGUAGGGCAGGGCUGCCUCCCAGACUUGACCUAAAUCUCAGCUCAACUGCUGCCUCAUGUUUUAUCCUUUUCUCUCUCCUCUCUUCACCUAGAUGGGCAUAGACUUGUUAAUAUCUGCCCAGCCACUUGUGGGCUAUUGAAUUCAGGCUCCUAACAAAAGGGAACUGAGAUGGGAAAACAGGACUCCAAGGAACCCUCCUGAGUAGGAAUCAGGGAUUCUUGACCUUUUGUGUGCUAUGUAGACCUCUUUGGUGGUCUGAGGAAGCAUAUGGAUUUUCCCCACAAUGAUGUUUAUAAAUGCAUACAAUAAAAUACAUAAAUUAGCAAAGGAAAUCAAUUACAUUGAUGUAUAAUUAUCAAAGUAUGAAAGACUCAAGUUCAAGGACCCCGGGUUAAGAACUCCUAAUAUAAAGAAUUUGAUGGCAGCCAUCUGUCACUCCGUUUGAGACUCAAAUGGGUUUAAGGUCCCAUGCAGUGCUACGAUCUACCCAAGUCUCUUGAACUCCAAGGAAAGAUCAAUCCACACCAUUGGAAUUGGUUUUAUUUUGCAGUUGCCAAGGGAUCUUGGGGCUCCUUUCUGAAAUGUCCAGGAUAGGCAGAUGGGGAAGAAUCAGAAAUAAAGCUUAUUUUAAUGAUAGCUAAGGGAGCUAUAUAAAUAUCCAGCCAAUUUCACUCUCCUGAGUAGGGCCAAGGCUGGAAAUCCCCAGCCCAAUCCUAAUCACAGACUUAGAUUUCAAAUCCAGGCAUCAAGCACCAUGAGGUGUACUCUCAACAGCUUAGAAAAUGGUUUUCUUAUCAGAACAUCCUAGGUGGAUACGAAAUAAAGAACAAAUCUCAUUGUGAA